CUGUCAGUCCCUCUGUAGUGGACUCCGCCCUCGCCCUCUGAGCAUGCGCUCUCGUUUCCCCUUCCCUGGGCUCCGCGCCUGCGCACUGCCCAGAGGAGCCGGAGCUCUGUGGCGGCGGCGGCAGGGGGGGAAAUGGCGGCCGUGGUGCUGGUGUCCGUGGAGAGCGGCUCGGGGAUGAUGCCGGCCGGGAGCCCGGCUGCGUGUGGGCCUCCCGCGGGUCCCUGUGGGCCGGGUUCGUGGAGCCGUUCCCUGGACCGGGCCCUGGAGGAGGCGGCGGUGAGCGGGUCCCUGAGCCUGAGCGGCAGGAAGCUGCGGGACUAUCCGCGGGGCAGCGCCGCCAACCACGACCUGAGCGACACCACGCAGGCCGAUUUAUCACGGAACAGACUCUCGGAACUUCCUGCAGAAGCUUGUCACUUUGUUUCCCUUGAGAGCCUUAACUUGUACCAGAACUGCAUUCGUUACAUCCCAGAGGCCAUCCUGAACCUACAGUCUUUAACAUUUCUAAAUAUCAGUCGAAACCAGCUUUCAACAUUGCCAGUACACAUGUGUAGUCUACCGUUGAAAGUUUUGAUAGCAAGUAAUAAUAAGUUGGUCUCACUACCUGAAGAAAUUGGACAGCUCAGACACCUGACAGAGCUUGAUGUGAGUUGUAAUGAAAUACAGACAAUACCUCCACAGAUUGGCAGUCUGGAGUCUUUGCGUGACCUGAACAUCAGGAGAAAUCAUUUGGUGCAUUUACCUGAAGAGCUUGCAGAAUUGCCUUUGAUUCGAUUAGAUUUUUCCUGCAAUAAAAUCACAACAAUUCCUGUUUGUUAUCGGAACCUCAGGCAUCUUCAGACAAUCACACUAGAUAACAACCCUCUACAGUCACCCCCUGCACAGAUAUGCAUAAAAGGAAAAAUCCACAUAUUUAAAUACCUGAACAUAGAAGCAUGCAAGAUAGCUCCAGACUUGCCUGAUUAUGAUAGGAGGCCCAUGGGAUUUGGCUCUUGCCAUGAGGAACUGUACUCCAGUCGUCCCUAUGGAGCACUAGAUUCUGGUUUCAAUAGUGUGGACAGCGGAGACAAAAGAUGGUCAGGGAAUGAACCUACAGAUGAGUUCUCCGACCUCCCUCUGCGAGUGGCAGAGAUCACUAAAGAGCAGAGACUGCGAAGAGAGAGAGAGUACCAGGAGAACCGAGGGAGCACGGUUGUAACUAAUGGUGGAGUGGAACAUGAUCUGGAUCAGAUUGACUAUAUUGAUAGCUGUGCCACUGAAGAGGAAGAGGAAGAGGUGAGGCAACCCAAGUGCAUGGAGUCAGAGAGCCUCAGCUCACAAUUCAUGGCAUAUAUUGAACAACGGCGAAUCUCUCAUGAGGGCUCACCAGUAAAGCCAGUACCCAUCAGAGAUUUUCAGAGAACAGAAGACACAAGACGAUACUUGCAUCAAAAUAGGGAUACUGAUGAAUUACGAAGACCAGAAACACUAAGCUUGAUGCAGGACAGGGAGCGACACCAAGGACAAAGGAGUUAUGUAGACAAGGCAGAGAGAGCCCCAGCUGAUUCAUCUUACCUUCUAUCUCUGUCCAACAACCACAGUCAGAUCUCUCAUACAGACUUUGAACUUCACCGAAGGCGAGAGCACGUAGUGGAGCGCACGCGGAGAGAGGCCCAGCUCGCAGCACUUCAGUAUGAAGAGGACAGGAUGAGGACGAAACAGAUCCAGAGGGAAGCUGUGCUUGACUUUGUCAAACAAAAGGCAUCCCAGAGUCCUCAGAAGCAAAGUCCUCUGGAUAGUGAGUGUCCUUUUCCAUCCAGAAGGUCUCAGCACACUGAUGAUAGUGCCUUGUUAGUGAGUGAUGACAGAUCUACUAUAUCAGCAGCUUCACCUACUACCCAAACAGUCCACCUUUCCUCUCUGUAUCCUGGCCCUGCCGCUCCUCCUUCCUAUAGAAACCCUUCCCAGCGACCUGAGAGUUUCCUUUUCCGAGCAGCUGUAAGGGAUGAAAUGAACAAAGCUGUUGCUUCAUCUCCCUCUUCUGCCUCAUCUCCUCCUAAUGAUUCUACAGACUCCAGAGCAAGGCAGAACUCCAAGCAACGUGAGGAAGAGUUGGAGCUAAUGGAGCAACUGCGGAAGAAUAUUGAGUCACGGUUAAAAGUGCCUUUGCCUAGUGAUCUUGGAGCAGCUCUUACUGACGGAGUUGUUCUCUGCCACUUAGCCAAUCAUGUGCGGCCUCGAUCAGUUCCCAGCAUCCAUGUCCCCUCGCCUGCUGUACCUAAGCUAACGAUGGCAAAAUGCAGACGAAAUGUGGAGAAUUUCCUGGAAGCUUGCAGAAAGAUUGGUGUGCCUCAGGACCGAUUAUGUUUGCCUCUGCAUAUUUUAGAAGAGAAAGGUUUGACACAGGUAGCAGUGACAGUCCACGCACUUCUGGAGCUUGCACCCCCAAAGCAGCAGCAUCACCACCUGUCUGCUGCGUAAAGAUCUCCAGGACCUUUUGGUUUCCCUUGGCUAAGCAGAAGAACAUGAAGACUUUACUGCUGGUGCAGUGUAUCCAAACACACAGAGUUCUGUUCUAAAAAGGAAAUUAGCUUCUGUGAUUCCUGACAGGAAUGUUUUGCUUCAUUUCUCCACUUUUUUGGAGAUCACACCAGUUUCCAUUUAAUUUUUUACCAAUAUUUUUUCCCCUUUAUAAAGUGAGGUUUUUCCUUGGGGAAAGUUCCUUUGUCUGGUUGUUUAGAAGCAUCUGUUAAAACUGACUAUGUAGAUUUAGGGGGUUUAUAUAUACAGUUUGAAAAACUGUAAGAUUCCUACUAGGAUGUAGUUCCAAAGGGGAUGCUUCCAUUGAACACAGUGAUGGAGACUGCUUGUCCUCCCCAUGAGUCCCAGAGAGAGUUUUCCCUGCUUCUAAGAAACGCCAGCUCUUUGCAGUGCAUAUAAACAUCACAGGUUAAGACUGUGUUUUGAAGCUGAUGAGUCUCAGUUUUUCAAAGCAAGACUGAAAGUGAUGCUUUAAUCUGUGUUGGCAUGUCCUCAAUAUUCAAAAAACAUAGAUAGCGCUGGUUUUUUCCAGGGAAAACAUACUGCUUGUUACCCCUAUAAGUAACACACAUUUCAAUGAAAGAUACUAAACCAUAACUGUUCAAAUAGUUUUAUUAAACAAAUCAAAAUAUUUGCUGGCUUUAAGCUUUAAAUUGGUUAUAAAUCUCUCCUUGUAUUGGAAUCUUCCCCACUUCAGUGGGAAACAUCUUACCACCUUUCAUGCCUUCUCCUACCCAUCAUGGGGACUCGGUUACUAAAUGGUAAUGUUAAGUUGGUCUAUGGCUUGUAUCUGCUGCAAAUAAUGACUGAAGAUUUUCCUAUGGAGAAUCAUGUACCUAUUUUCAUUCCAGUGCAAAUAAUCAUAAGCUAUCAAACCAUCCAUUAGAGAUUUGUUAUCCAAUUCUGGUUUCAAUUGAAAACACACAACCACCCCCUUGCACCAAUGAAGACCCCAGUUAUGAAGGAACAAAUUAUUGUAGGGAAGAAUGAGAUUAUUGAAUUCCCGGAGUGGUUCUGUGUGUUGGCAUAACGCUCAGCUUUCAAAGAGCCAGUCUUUUGCAAAAGGAAAUUUCUGUGGGUGGGUUUGACAGAAUGUGGUGUUAAAGCAUGUUUUCUUGUAGUUCAGACAGGGCUGUAAACUGCCUUUACUCCCCUCCGCCUAUCUUCUUUUCCGCAAAAUGUGGAAAUUCAAAAUAUGUGAACAGGAAACUGAAAAUAAGGUAUGAUGUUACUUUAAAGGUGACUGGCAAAGUCCAGACUCCCUGCUGCCUUGGCCCCCUGACUAGGCUGCCAUCCAGCUCUGCAGUAACUUUAUUUUUUGAUAUAGUAACAUUUUAAAAAUCCUGUUCUCCCACAGUGAAAUCCUCUUGCUAGUCCCUGGGGUAUCCCAGAAGACACCUCUGCCAUUAUCAUGGGUUGCACAGGGUGUGAAUGAGACUUCCAGUCUUUGUGGUGUUCCAUUCUGGGGUAUUGUUAGUGAACCAGCAAUACCAAGAGGGGAUGAAGUGAGCAGAAGGGAGGGAAAAAAGGUUAGUUAAAAGUUUUCUUUGCUGUAACAAGCCUGGUCAUGGAACAUUUGAGCACAGAAGUCUGGGCUUAGCUGAAUUUUCCCUUUAGAUUUGUCAUUCCAUUCUCACCCUGAUUUGUUUGCAUAAUAAUUAUUACAUGGUAGCUUGUGGUAACUGUUGUCUCAACGAUUUCGCAUAAGGACAUAUUUUGCUUCAUAUUGGUGUUGACACCACGGAUCACACCCUAAGUCUAGAAAAACACGUGAAGGGUAUUUAAAACUAGAGGCGCACAGUCGAUAAGAGAAACUAUUUUCCUAAUGUGGAAGUGGCUGCCUUGGGUUCGGGUAGAUCGGAGUGUGCCGGUAACGUGCAUCAUUAAAAGGAAGGGGACAGCUUGGUGCAGGUACACCUUCCCCCAGCAAACGGUGCAGGCUGUGUGCACAGCAUCUUGCUCCAAGUGAAGGCUUGCAAAGGACAGAGCUGCUCCUUGAAGGAUUCUGUGUUUUCCUUCUUCUGCAAAAGGCACAGGUCACUUGCCGGUUUAAAGAAGUGUAAAUGGUGGAUUCUCUGCAACUUGAAGACUUUAAAGCAUGAUUUGAGGUCUUCAGUGACUCAGCCAGAGGUUAGGGGUCUCUUUCAGGAGCGGGUGGGUGAGGUUCUGUGGCCUGCGACGUGCAGGAGGUCAGACUAGAUGAUCAUGAUGGUCCUUUCUGGCUUUAAAGUCUAUGGGGCAGUGAAAGGAGACUUUUUUGUACUGCAGUCUCUGCCAUUUGUUGAAUGGGGGAUGGCAUCUCACUGCUGACACUAUAGACUAGUGGUGCCCAAACUUUUUCAUGACCUCCCCCGCCCCCAUCCCCUGAAGCAGUGGUGCCAGUUCAGAUAUUUCUUGGGAGGAGGGAAGAUUUUUUUCAACCCUGUGCAGCCCGGUCCCACAGCCAGCCCUACUCCCCCAUCACCCACUCCCCAGGGUACCUGGGAGGGAAUUGUCAUUGCAACGUGGAGCAGGCAGAGCACACGGACUGGGCACUCCGCCCCAUCAGUGGUGGCAGCACAGAUCCCCGUCCUUCCCCCGUGCUGCAGCUCCCUGUCGGGCUGGGGGGGGGCUCAUUUCAGCACCACCAGCCCUUGGAUUCUUCUGCCAGCAGCCAAGACUAGUCUUUCUGCAGCCAGCUCCGUGCACCCCAGGAUGGGACCAUCAGCAGCUUCUCUGCCUCCCGUCCCUGCUAGCUCGAGGCUUCCAGCAACAGCAAGUGGAGAUGCCAGGGGUUCUUGCUGGAGGUCCCAGCAGGCAGAGCGGGACUGGGUGCCGCGCGUGUCCCCUCCAGAGCCCCUGCCUCCCUCGCGCUGCUGCUUACCCCUUCUCCCUGAUGGCUCAAAAUCUUGCAACCCUCUGUGGUUGCGACCCCCAGUUUGGAAAAUUCUGAUAUAGACAGUUCUGCCAUAGACCAUAUAUGCUUCCUUAUGGGUUGUCUAGAAAUCAUUGUUAAGGGGAGUAACAAAUGAAUCUGAAUUCUCAGUACUAGAUACUUUGCAUUCUGUGUACCUGGGUAUUAGGUUUUGUUUAAUAGAUCAAGAGGAGCAUGCAAUAUUUAGAUGUAUCCACCGUAAGAAAUCUGUUAAACUUAAUGUGGAAUUGUGAGAGUCUGUUUUUUGCUCCAGCCCAGCUUCCCAGACUUACAGAAACUGACCGUAACAGCAUUCAUGUUGGUAGAAGUUGGACAUUUCAUAAAUGUUAAUUUUUGGAAAACUAACUAUUUGGAGUUUGAGCCUGACUUUCAAUGAAUAGCCACUUCUCAGUGUGUCUUGUAAAAUCAGCCACUGUCACACACAAAUGUGUGCAACCGAAUUUUACAUCAGCAACUAUGCUUGUAUGCCUGGUCAGGUGUAUGCUCCUAUUUCUUUUACAGUUCUAAAUAAACAUUUCACUCGAGCAAGUACACAUUUGUGUGGCCAUAUUAGUUUGACUCUUUAAUUUUCUGUUUUCGUGCUGGCAAACACUAAACGUUGACCAGACAUUAAGGAUGAAAAUCCAAAUCUGCAAUUUCAAGAUAUGGUUUAUUUGUGAUGUAUUAUACCAAAAAACAUUUCCAUUUUCUGUUGUAAUUAAAUGGGUUGGGAUUUUUUGGUACACCUCUACCCUGUUAUAACGCCACCCGAUAUACACAAAUUGGGAUCUAACAUGGUAAAGCAGCGCUCUGGGGGGGCGGGGCUGGCGUUCCGGCGGAUCAAAUCAAGUUCGAUAUAACGCGGUUUCACCUAUAACACGAUAAGAUUUUUUGGCUCCCGAGGACAGCGUUAUAUCAAGGUAGAGGUGUAUAUUUAUGUGCAAUUUUUGUUAUAUCCAGUGAAAAAAUAUUUUAAAGAAAACGCAUUGGAUUUAAUUUUGUGUGCUAAAGCAAGAAUCAAUUGUGGGCUUGCCCUUUUGGGGCGUUUGUGUUGGGGAAAAAUCCAUUUCAGAGUGUAGCACUUGCUAGUAGGUUUAUGUUAACUCCACUGUGCUAUGACCCUACACAAACCUUGCUAAGCACUGAAGAACACUGAGGAUCAAGAAUGUUAUGAAAUAGACAUUGAAGUGGCACUGGCACUUAAUGGUCCUUGAUGGUGUUGAAAUGAUCUGGUCAGGAAAUAGGGGAUUUUGAUUUCUCCUCCUUGGGAGCUAGCGACGAGAGAAACUUGUUCGGAAAGCCCCUUCCUGGCUGGGUUAUUAAAUUCUCGACAGCGUUUUACAGCACUGAGAACACUUCUGUUGCUCUUAGCAGUGACAGGAUAACUGGUGAUUUUUAAUCCUUUUAUGACUUUAAAUGGUUCUUUGACAUUUUGGUUUUAGAAGCAGAGGAAUUCUAAGGUGGAUUUAAACCUAUAAAAAAAAUCUUUUGUAUAGAUACUGUGUUUUACAAACAAUCUAAUUUUGUUUCUGAAAACCUUGUAAACGUGUAAUUAAUAGAGUAAAGGAUUUUUAAAGCUCCGCCUAUACUUGUAUGUCUGUAAAUACAUUCCAUAAUUUCUAAGACUGUUAAGUAUAAAUAUGCCCAGAAUAUUGUGUAUGUUAUUUUAAAUUGCCUGUUUGCUGCUAGUUGUGUGAACUUCUAGCACACUGAUAAUAUAAAACCAAAUACCUGGGUAAUUUGAAAUAAAGUUUUAAAACCUA